CACUAGGUUUGUCUUCUCUACUCCGUGCGUGGUCAGAAGCACUCAGAAGAAGCAAAAGCUGAAAAGCUUCAACUCUGAAAUUUAAAGACCCAUCCAAAGCAAACCACUGCCAAAUCCAAUCCUCUCUCUUUUUCUCUUGUUUUUUCCCUCACUCCUCAAAUUCCACGGGAGAAGACACAAACGCAAAACAUUCUCGGAAACCGUAACCCAUAUUCCAUUCCCGGGUAAUCGGGCUUCGGACCAUCCACCAUUUUCACAGACCGCAACAAGACAAGGCAACAACCUUCCUCGUUUUCCGCUCUUGCUGUUUUUGGAACAGCAAAUGCCUGAAUAAGAAAGGAGUGGCUUAAUAAUUUCAGACACUAGGUGGUUGUUGGAGAUGGCAGGUAACAGUAGCUCGGAGGGGUUGGGAGAUGAUUUCUUCGAACAGAUCUUAGCAGUGCCCGAAGCUCCAGUUGGAUAUGGCAGAACCGUAGCCACUGACGUUGGAAUGCUGCAAUUGGGGUCCACAACUCCAACUGCCGCUGCUCUCAGAGGUGGUGGAAUGAUGCCUCUGGGCCUGAAUUUGGAGCAAUCUGCCUUUCUAAGCCACCAUGAUUCCAGAAACCUAGUUGACGACGUUGUUAAUGUUGAUCCCACCGUUCACAAUAAUCACCACCACCAUCAUCAACACCUCACGCUCCAUAAUAACAACUCAUCACCCUCUUCUACCCCACCAAUCACCGAUCGCGAUUCGAUGCAUGUGAGAGGUUUGUUUUCAGCGUUUGGACAGUUGCAUAGUCCUACUCUUGUUCCCUCUGUCCGCCCCACGCUGUCAUCGCCUCCACCGCCGCCUCAGCCACAGCUCCACCUCCACCACCAUAACCAACAGGCGUUUCAAGGGCAGGGAGGUGGAGGUCCAGCGUCUAUGAGUGGUACCCAACAAGCACCUGGCAUUCGUCCUCGUGUGAGAGCAAGAAGAGGGCAAGCCACAGAUCCACACAGUAUCGCUGAACGGUUGCGUCGCGAAAGAAUUGCCGAAAGAAUGAAGGCAUUGCAGGAGUUAGUUCCCAGCAUCAAUAAGACGGACAGAGCGGCGAUGCUUGAUGAAAUUGUGGAUUAUGUCAAGUUUCUAAGGCUCCAGGUUAAGGUCCUGAGCAUGAGUAGACUGGGGGGAGCUGGUGCAGUUGCUCAACUUGUGGCUGAUGUUCCCCUUUCUGCAGUGGAGCAAGGGGAGGACAUAGAAGGUGGAUCCAAUGAGCAAGCCUGGGACAAGUGGUCCAAUGACGGUACAGAACAACAAGUUGCUAAACUUAUGGAAGAAGAUGUGGGUGCAGCUAUGCAAUUUCUUCAGUCCAAGGCACUUUGCAUCAUGCCCAUAUCUCUAGCCUCGGCCAUUUUUCGUAUGCCUCAAUCAGAAUCAUCAACAGUGAUCAAGCCUGAAUCAAACAGUCACUGAUAACUUUGUUUAGCCACAUUUGGUCCCAUUUCUUCCUCCUUUAUGACAAGGGUAUUAUACUUUCUUAUAUAAUUCUGUGAUUGGAUGGAGAAGGAUAUGUAGUCGAUGCAGCUGUUCACUCUUCUCAAGUUCUGUCAAAGAAGGAGUAAUUGCUUUUCCUCUUGUGUAAAACCAGAAGUGCACAGCAUGUCCUUGUCACAGUGAAGAUGAACAUUUUCAAUGGCCUUAUUGAUGUUUUUCUUCCUAAUAUCUGUGGUGGGGUUGGUGGUGGAUGACCAAAUAUUUUUAGUGGAAGCUCUUUUCUUAGUAUUUUGAAUUUUAGUGAGUGGGAAGUGGGGCCAUUUAAAAGGAAAGGAUGGGUAGGCAUGAUUUAUGUGGAGAAAACUUUAAUACAACUUGAAUUAAAAUAUGGUUAUUUACCUUGUAAA